AUGAGUCUUGACACACUCUACCACCAAAUCCUCCUGAGUGAACAACAACUGACUGAACGGACACAAAAAGUAAAAGAAGUCAAUGUGGCCAUCAUCAGGUGCAAUGACAAAAUCAAAAGCACCACUGAAAGGUAUGAAAAGACAAAGGAGGAACUUGAAGAAAAGGCUCAACAGUUGUCUGUGAUGAGGCUGCAGCAUGACCUGCUGAAGAAACAUGAAGACCAGGUGUUGAAGCAAAUCCAGGAGCUGCUCUGCCAGAAGAGCCACCUCAGAGAAAAACUGGCCGGAUUAAGAAAGGAGUGGAAAGAAGAAGAGCAACGCUUCCUUCAUGAGAUCUCAAGGUUCAACAGUGACUUCAGCCUUCGAAGAAACAGAGAAACAGUGUUCGAGAGCCAGAGACACUCAGAGAUCCUGGACCUGGAAAGGGAGGUGGAAUCAUUAUACAAAGAGAUGGAGCAGAUGAGACGUGGGAAUAGUCACAUGAGCUCUCUGUUGGAGGAGAAGAGAGAGCUCCAGGUGGAACUACAGGACCUGGAUAACCGCCGGAAAGACCUGGAUCGGCAGCUGACCGCGGCUGAAGCGACGACAGAGUCUCUGAGAGCAGAGAGCCUGUUUGUCAGCAAGAAGCCUCUCACUGACAGCACCUGUCUCAGAUUGAGGCAGGAGCUGGAGAAACAUAAAAAUGGAGAACUUGAACUGCUGCAAGAGGCGCUGAGCUCAGAAAUACAGCUCCUGCAGGCGGUGAGUGGCUUUUGUUGAGGCGAACAAAAACAAAACAAAAGAGUAUUUCAUUCGCAUCCUUCCAGGAUCUCACAAGUUUUAAAACAGUUCUCAUUCUUUCGUGGUUCUUUAUGAGCUUUCAUUCACGUCGUCUUUUUAUAUUAUUUAUUACAGAAGUUGGACAGCAGCCACGGAAGUAAGCAGGGUUAGGUUUGGCUCAGAGAUGACACAGGAAGUUUAUUAUAAAUUCAUUCUUGUCUCGUAAGUGAAGGUAGAGUCAUGUGUUUCUCUGUGAUUACUCUUCAUAUUUAGCUCACACAGUGUAUCGACUGGCAUGUUGAUGUAGCUCGUUCAUAGAAAAGCUAAAACAAACAACUACGUUGAUUCAUCCAUAAAUGAAAUGUUUUUGAUUUUCUUCUACCUUAACUCGUGACAGUUUAUACUCUAUAUUACCUUGUCUUUAAGUCCUUGUUCUAUGAGUCUAUACUGCCCCUUUGUGUACAAAAGGUAACAUUGCAAAAAUCAGUCUUUCACACUGAAUAACAUGUCAGUAUA